CAUGACGCGGAAGUGCCUUCAGGUGGACACAUGACCAAAUGAAAACAGACUUUCUCCGGUUAAUAAACUCGGACCGGGGCGGUGUGUGUGUGUGAGGCGCACGCGGCGCGGCAGACAUGUGUGUGUAGGUCAUGGCUCCGUCACAGGAAGUGUGUGUUGUGUUUUUGCUCUGCGCGUGCUGUGCCGUCAGUCCAUCCGGAUGUUUUGGGACUCCGGAGCCGCGACUGCAGCUCAGCCUCGACGGCAAAUGGACGCUGACAAACUCCAACAGCUCCGUGUCACUUCCGGCAGAGGUGCCCGGCUGUGUUCACUCCGCGCUGCUGCAGCAGGGAUUCAUACAGGAUCCAUACUUCAGGUUCAAUGAUGUGUCUUACCGCUGGAUUGCUCUUGACAACUGGACCUACACAACCACGUUCUCUGUGUCUCCUGAGCUCAGAGCCAGACGGAGAGUGCGUCUCGUCUUUGAUGGCGUGGACACCGCGGCGUCGAUUUGGCUGAAUGGACACGCCGUUGGGACGACAGACAACAUGUUUCGUCAGUUUGACUUCCCGGUCUCAGAGUUGCUGCAGGACGGGGAGAACGCGCUGAACGUCAGCUUCCUGUCUCCCGUGCUGUAUGCGGCGGAGCGGAGCCGAGCCCACUCGGCCUACAGCGUCCCCCCCGACUGCCCCCCUGCUGUCCAGAAGGGGGAAUGUCACGUCAACUUCAUCAGGAAAGAGCAGAGCUCUUUCAGCUGGGACUGGGGGCCGGCGCUCCCAACCGUCGGCCUGUGGAAGGGGGUUCGCUUGGAGGCGUUUGAUGUGCUGCAGCUCGUCCGCGUUUCCUCCGUUCCUCUCUACAACUCCAGCCUCCGUCAGUGGAGCGUUCAGGUUGAACUGCUGGUUGAGGCCGUGCAGGAAACAAACGGGCGAGUCACGCUCUCCGUAGCCGAGCUGGACUCAGAGCAGACCUUCCCGGCUCGGUUUGUCCCAGGAAAGACCGAGAGCAGCUUCACCCUGCACAUCAACACGAGUAGACCGGUGAAGCUGUGGUGGCCCAACGGACACGGCGAUCAACCCUUUUACCGCCUCGCUGUCCAAGGCCUUCUGGAGGGACCUUUGACCCUGAGCGCAGACGUCAAGGUGUAUUUUCGCACGGUGGAGCUCAUCCAGGAGCCGAUCGCCGGGUCUCCAGGUCUGAGCUUCUAUUUCCGCAUCAAUGAGAAGCCGGUUUUCCUCAAAGGCUCCAACUGGAUCCCGGCUCACUCCUUCCAGGACCGGGUCAGCCCCGCCAUGCUGAAGAACUUGCUGCAGUCGGCCGUGGAUGCUAACAUGAAUGCCCUGAGGGUCUGGGGAGGAGGCGUGUACGAGCAGGACCUAUUCUACAGCCUCUGUGAUGAGCUGGGCAUCAUGAUUUGGCAGGACUUCAUGUUUGCCUGCGCCAUGUAUCCCACCGAGGAGGACUUCAUCCACACUGUGAGAGAGGAGGUUGUCCAGCAGGUUCGGCGCCUGAAGCCUCACCCCUCCGUCGUAGUUUGGAGCGGGAACAACGAGAACGAGGCUGCUCUGGCGACGGACUGGUUCGGCAUCCCUGUUUCCCAGAGGCCUCUGUACCUGAAGGACUAUGUGACGCUGUACGUGAACAACAUCAGGGCGAUCGUCCAAGAGGAGGACCCGAGUCGCCCGUUCCUGGUCUCCAGUCCAACAAACGGAGCCGAAUCGGAGCAGGAGGGAUGGGUGGCAGCGAACCCUUACGACCCUCACUACGGCGACACGCAUUUCUACAGCUACACCCUCGACUGCUGGGACUGGAGGACUUUCCCUCGCACCCGCUUCGCCUCCGAGUAUGGCUUCCAGUCCUGGCCGUCCUUCUCCACUCUGCAGCCGGUCUCCAUAUCAGAGGACUGGAGCUACAGCAGUAAUUUCACCUCCCAUCGCCAGCACCACGAGAACGGGAAUGAACAGAUGCUACAGCAGGCCGCCUUACACUUCCACCUGCCAAACGCCUCAGAUCCCAUGAAGAGAUUUACUGACACCCUCUACCUCACUCAGGUAAUGCAGGCGCAGUGUGUGAAGACCCAGACUGAGUUCUACCGGCGAAGUCAGAGUGAAAUCAUCGACGGCGAGGGUCACACCAUGGGCGCCCUCUACUGGCAGCUCAAUGAUAUCUGGCAGGCGCCUUCCUGGUCGUCUAUUGAGUUCGGAGGGAAGUGGAAGAUGCUGCAUUAUUUUGCUCAGGACUUCUUUGCGCCCAUCCUGCCUGUCGGCUUCGAGGAUAACGGCGCCCUGCUCAUCUACGCUGUCUCGGACCUGAGUAAUGAUCUGAAACUCCGGGCCGUGGUGUCCUUGUACAUGUGGACUAAACUGGACCCCGUGUGUACUCUGAAGUCAGAGCUGGUUGUGGUUUCAGCGGGCAGCGCCGCGGCCAUUUUCAAACAGCCGGUUGCCGCCAUGCUGGCAGGAUGUGGCGGCUGCACCCGCCUGUCCUGCCUCGUUGUCUUUCACCUGGAGGACGCCAGCGGCCAGCGAGGGCCCGUCAACCACCACUUCCUCAGCUCCCUGAAAGAGGCUCAGGGGAUACAGAGACCCAACAUCACAGCUAAGGUCGAGGAGGGUACGACAGGAUACACUGUUACCCUCCACUCUGCUGCCAUCGCGUCGUUUGUCUGGCUUGAGGUGGGAAACGUCCCGGGACGGUUCAGCUCUAACGGCUUCCUGAUGGUUUCAAGGAACAGGACGGUUGGUUUUACCCCGUGGCGUCCCACCAGCGUGGCAGAACUGUCCACAUCGCUCACUGUCACCUCUUUAAGAGACGUGUACUGACCUGCUGCCAGCUGGCCUCUGUGAUGAUGAUGAUGAUGAUGAUGAUGAUGAGGAGCCUGGUGACUUGAAAUGACGCAGGUUCAGUCCCAGGGACGCCAAGGCUGACAAAUGUCCUGUUCAAGUGUCAUGAGCAAGACGCUGAACCUUGAUGCUCAGUGGCUUGUAAAAUGAUAAGAUCUUAAGCCAAAUGGUGAAAAAACAGAAAUGCAUCAGCAGCUAAAUGGAGAAACAAAAACAAAACAAAACAAAAAAAAACACUUUGUGGCUUUGGU